ACGAAUUUUGAAUCCGAGUACGACUUGUUUUCGACAUUCUUAAAGUAAAUAAGCGUUCAGAUCGCGGUGAUGGCGAGUGCUGAUGUGGAAGCGGUGGAUUUCGAGCCGGAGGAAGACGAUCUUAUGGACGAGGACGCCGCCGGCGACGCCUCCCCUCAAGCGGCAAUGCCGAAGCUCAAGUCUGCCAUCACUGGCGGUGCUUCCACCUCUCUUUCAGGUCCUAAGAAGACUAAGGGCCGUGGAUUUCGCGACGAAGAUGCCAACCGCCAGUCCCGUCUCGCCUCCCGCGACUUCGAGUCCCUUGGCACUGAUGAUGGGCCCGGUCCCCAGAGAUCUAUUGAAGGAUGGAUUAUUUUGGUCAGUGGUGUACAUGAGGAAGCCCAAGAGGAUGAUUUGCACAAUGCAUUUGGUGAAUUUGGUGAGAUCAAGAAUUUGCAUUUAAAUCUUGAUCGUCGCACUGGAUUUGUAAAGGGAUAUGCACUGAUUGAAUAUGAAAAGUUUGAAGAAGCAAAGAAUGCCAUAUCCACAAUGGAUGGAGCAGAACUUCUUACACAAUCCAUCAAUGUUGAUUGGGCCUUCAGCAAUGGACCUAGUACUGGAGCCUUCAAAAGAAAAAAUAUGAGAUCUGGACGGACACAUCGGUCCAGGAGUCCUAGGAGAAGAUACUAACUUGUCCUUUAUUAUGAGGGUGUGGAUUUAAAACUAGAGAUUUCGAGAUAUGGUGCUUAAAGUUCCACUGAAAUUUAUGGGGUCUGCAUUUGCUCAUCCUGUUUCUUCCAUAGCGUCUCAAGUGGACUGGCGGUGAUUUGUUUUCUAGUGCGGCUUGCAUUUGACAACUUGGGAUAUUGCAUUGUUCUUGAAAUUCGUAAGAUGCUUUUUUAUUUUCAAGAUACUGUUGUUGACUCAUCUUUUCUCUUGGCACUUUUUCUCGUAUUAUGGUAUGGUUGUGCUUAUUGUUUCUUA